CGCGUUCGGAACAUCGGCGGCUGCCCGGGUGACUCGGUUAUAUGUCACAGAAUAACAUUCGAGAAUGGGACAUGGAAUGAGGCGACGGCCGCAGCAGCCCCAGCAGCCCCAGGCCCAGGCCCAGCAGCCGCAGCCGCCGCAGCAGCCCCCGCCGUCCCCGCCGCCCGGAGAGGCUCCCCAGCCAUGAGGCCGGCCGGCCCGAGGCUCGGCCCGUAAGCGGAGCUCCAGCCGCCGCUCCCGGUUCGCGCGUCCUGCGGCAGCCAGAAGCAAUGGAGAAGGCCGUCCCGGCGGGGCGCUGAUCCCCGCGCUGCGCCCGCGCGCGCACACGCCUCCCGCCGCCGCCGCCCCCUUUCCCCCAGCGCACCCCCGCCCCGCCCUGGCCCCACCAUGACCGGCUCCGCGGCCGACACUCACCGCUGCCCCCACCCCAAAGGCGCCAAAGGCACCCGGUCCCGGAGCAGCCACGCGCGGCCCGUGAGCCUCGCCACCAGCGGGGGCUCGGAGGAGGAGGACAAAGACGGCGGGGUGCUGUUUCAUGUUAACAAGAGCGGCUUCCCCAUCGACAGCCACACCUGGGAGCGCAUGUGGAUGCACGUGGCCAAGGUGCACCCCAAGGGGGGAGAAAUGGUGGGCGCCAUCAGGAACGCCACGUUCUUGGCAAAGCCUUCAGUGCCCCAGGUUCCAAACUACAGGCUGUCGAUGACCAUCCCAGACUGGCUCCAGGCAAUCCAGAACUACAUGAAGACACUACAAUACAAUCAUACAGGGACCCAGUUCUUUGAAAUUAGGAAAAUGAGACCGCUGAGUGGGUUAAUGGAAACAGCAAAAGAAAUGACUCGGGAGUCCUUGCCUAUCAAAUGCCUUGAAGCUGUCAUCCUGGGCAUAUACUUAACCAAUGGACAGCCUUCCAUCGAGCGAUUCCCCAUCAGCUUUAAAACCUACUUCUCAGGAAACUACUUUCACCAUGUUGUGCUGGGGAUUUAUUGCAAUGGCCGCUAUGGCUCACUGGGCAUGAGCCGAAGGGCUGAGCUGAUGGACAAGCCGUUGACCUUUCGGACUUUGAGUGACCUCAUCUUUGACUUUGAAGACUCCUACAAGAAGUACCUGCACACAGUCAAGAAGGUCAAGAUUGGGCUGUAUGUCCCCCAUGAGCCUCAUAGCUUUCAGCCCAUUGAGUGGAAGCAGCUGGUCCUCAAUGUCUCAAAGAUGUUGAGGGCUGACAUAAGGAAGGAGCUGGAGAAAUAUGCCAGGGACAUGAGAAUGAAGAUCCUGAAACCUGCAAGUGCCCAUUCUCCAACCCAAGUGAGAAGUCGGGGGAAAUCCCUGUCCCCCAGAAGGAGACAGGCAAGCCCCCCGAGACGGCUCGGCAGGAGAGACAAGUCCCGAGGCAAGCGACCCUGCCUGCGCCUGCAGAGGACAGCGCUCAGACUGCCGCAGUUAUCCCAGCUUCCGCCAUUGCUGCAGACUAGAACCCAGGGCACCCUGGCUCCUAGAGGUGUGUCUGGAGAGGAGCAGCUUCUCAGCUUCUACCCGUGGCCUUCACCAAGCAGGCUUUUCUCCAGGCCUGCACUGCCUGAGAAGAAGGUGGCUGACCUCAGCACGCUGAAUGAAGUGGGCUACCAAAUCCGAAUUUAGGCAAGCCAUAUCAGCCAACAAGGGGGCUUCUCUGGUGCUUCUCUCUGCACUUUACCCCAGCAUCUUCAGGAGGAACUGCAACUAUUUAUGGAGAACCUGUGGAUUUUAUUUUUACGGAUUCACUUGGACGUGGAAGCGGAGUGGGGGGCAACAAUUAACUUUGAAAGAAAAUUCACGAAGGGGCAACCAUGGAAAGGCUGAAGUAAGAAAGCCCACUGCAGUUGGACUGACUCCCUCACUACAGAUAGAAAGGGUAAUACCAUAAACUGUAGUUUUAUAUUUUCCCAUU